UAUUCCUGGAGUAACCUCACAGUUUAGGCAGGACAGUUUAUCUCGUAUUUCAUGGAACGGCAAACCUGCCUCCACUCAUAAACUUGGUAUUUUUUGUCUUUUUAUGUCUUUUAUCGGUUUUGAAAAGUCUGCUCAAACUGUGACUCCUUCCUGCCUGAAACACCGGGAGAGUCUCUGUAGUUCGGCACAGGUCAAAUCCACUAAGCACGUUAUUUGCCGCUGGAUUUACCUGUCACGGAAUUUGUUUUCUCAACGUGGAGGGCGGCGGUAGAGGAAGGCAAGCGUCGGGUUAACGUUGCUCUAAAUGUGUUUAAUCUGGCGGAACACACGUCGAGAAAAGAGCAGAACGUAUCGCGGCUGUAGCUGUCGUGAACUGGAAACAUUUUACGGCAAGCCGUAUUCCAGUCAGUCCACCCAGACUACACGUGAAUGUAGAAAAACAGUAAGUUAAAGGCGUGAAUCGCGGUUUUCAUCAAGCGGUUCCAGAGUAGCGGCAGCCCGGCAGGAUGCUGUAUCUGAUCGGCCUGGGGCUGGGGGACGCCGCGGACAUCACGGUGAAAGGUCUGCAGGCGGUGAGGAACUGCUCCAGGGUUUACCUGGAGGCCUACACCUCCGUCCUGACCGUGGGGAGGGAGGCUCUGGAGGAGUACUAUGGGAAGCAGCUGAUCCUGGCAGACAGAGAUCUGGUUGAACAGGGGGCCGAUGAGAUCCUGAAGGAUGCUGAUGUUGAUGAUGUGGCGUUCCUUGUGGUAGGCGACCCGUUCGGAGCCACCACCCACAGUGACCUGGUCCUCAGAGCAGUGAAUGCUGGGAUACCGUACAAAGUCAUCCAUAACGCCUCCAUCAUGAACGCAGUGGGCUGCUGUGGUCUGCAGCUUUAUAAUUUCGGGGAGACGGUGUCGUUGGUGUUUUGGACGGAGACGUGGAGACCAGAGAGUUUCUACGACAAAAUCUGCAAAAACCGGGCAGCUGGAUUGCACACACUCUGUCUGCUGGAUAUCAAAGUCAAAGAGCAGAGCAUCGAGAACAUGAUGAGAGGGAAGAAGAUCUACGAGCCUCCUCGCUUCAUGACGGUCAGCCAGGCUGCAGAUCAGCUGAUUCAGAUCAUCCAGAGGAGGAGGAGGGAGGAGGCGGGCGAGGGGGAGGAGCUGGGUGUGACAGAGGACACGGUGUGUGUGGGCGUGGCCCGACUUGGCGCCGACGACCAGACAAUCCGUGUGGCGACAUUGCGUCAGCUGGUGUCAUGUGACCUCGGCGCUCCGCUCCACUCGCUGGUCGUCACCGGACGACUCCACCCGCUGGAGGUGGACAUGCUACGAGUGAACGCAGAACCAAACGCGCUGCAGCACCUGCACAUGAUCGACAGCUCCACGUACACCUCAUAAACAACCACACACACACACGUUGGUCUGUCUCUCAGUGAUAAAGACAUUCCCAGGACCCUGACCCUAAUCUAAAACUGGUUAUCACCUGAACCUGAAAACCAUGUCUCAACCUUCAAAUAGUGCUCUGAAGUCAUGAGGACUGGCCACCAUGACCCCACAGUGCAGAAAUGUCCUCACAGUGAUGGUUUAAAACGGACAUUGGUCCUCACAAAGAAAACAAUUCAACCCACACAGAACG